AUGGGCGGGUUGGGCGGGCGGUGUCCUGGGGUUGGCCGGCUGGUGCGGUGGUGGGGGAGGGGCAGAGGAAAGGUCCAUUCAUUGGCCUGCCUUUCCCUUCUGGUCUCCCCGGUCGGUUUUGACCCUCCUCUAGCCGGCUGCGCCUACUGCGCCCGUGCCCGUGGGGCCGGCGGCGGGGGUCGGAUUGGGGCAUCACAUGGUGCCGUGUUCCCCUCCCUGGCUGUGGUUUCCCUACCUCCCUGGGAGAUACUGGGGGAGGAUCUUGGGUCGGCUGUGUGUCACCCUCUGAGGCACGCUGCUGUCGUUAACAUCAGAAAUACAGGGGUAGCCAUCUUUACAGUGUGGGCCCUGGGUUUACUGAACAUCCUCACCAGAGUAAUUUUUCUGUCAAGUUUCCCAUUUGAAGAACUGGAGAGCUUGCAGAUGAAGCAAAUAUGUAAUACGUUUUUUUUGUUUCUCCCGAUAUCAUACGAUUAUGACAAAGUGUAUAGCUGUUUGUUGUUUGUUUCAUCUGCUGUUGUUAUCACUUCCUCUUAUAUUGGUGUGGUAAUAGCAGCCAGGUCGGCCUCCACAGACAAAGCUUCAGCACAAAAGGCUCGUGACACUCUGCUGUUGCAUCUGCUUCAGCUGGCCUUCAGUCUCUUUUCAACAUUGCACAACUCUGUCAUUGUCACCUUAUCACAACUUGUCUCAGGACUUGCAUUUGUGCGUAUAAUGAAUGUCUUGUUUGUCUUUAUUAUCAUACUUCCCAGAUGUCUGAGUGCUUUAAUUUAUGGGUUCAGAUUCCAGACCAUCAAACCCAUCUUUUUUGAACAUCUAUGCUGUCAAUUUAAACUCUUAUACCGAAAAAAAUGA